GAGGUGGCCCGGGAAUCUGCUAUGAGUGAGGUGGGCGGGGAGGCGAGAUGGGCGGUGAAGAGGCGCGGCCCAGCGGAGCGGGCGGCUGAGACGUGCCGGGGACAAGAAGGGGCCGGAAAGGGGGUGGCCGCCGGUUCGACCCCGCCCCGGGGCCGCCCCACCGCGGGUUCCGUUGGCUGCUGCGGCGGCAGCUGAGGCUGUGGCGGCGGUGGCCGCGGGGCGGGCGUAAGAUGGCGACAGCGGCGGCGGGCGCCCUGGGCCUGCUGUGGGGCUGGCUGUGGAGCGAACGCUUCUGGAUGCCCCAGAACGUGAGCUGGGCGGACCUCGAGGGGCCGGGCGACGGCUACGGCUACCCGCGGGCCCGGCACAUCCUCUCGGUGUUCCCACUGGCGGCGGGCAUAUUCUCUGUGAGGCUGCUUUUCGAGCGGUUUAUUGCCAAACCCUGUGCACUCCAUAUUGGCAUCCAGGACAGUGGUCCUUAUCAGGCUCAACCCAAUGCCAUCCUUGAAAAGGUGUUCAUAUCUAUUACCAAGCAUCCUGAUGAGAAAAGGCUGGAGGGUCUGUCAAAGCAACUGGACUGGGACGUCCGAAAAAUCCAAUGCUGGUUUCGCCAUCGGAGGAAUCAGGACAAGCCCCCAACGCUCACUAAAUUCUGUGAAAGCAUGUGGCGAUUCACUUUUUAUUUAUGUAUAUUCUGCUACGGAAUUAGAUUUCUCUGGUCGUCGCCUUGGUUUUGGGACACCCGACAGUGCUGGCAUAGCUAUCCAUAUCAGCCUCUCACAAGUGGGCUUUAUAACUAUUAUAUCAUGGAAUUGGCCUUCUAUUGGUCUCUCAUGUUUUCUCAGUUUACAGACAUUAAAAGAAAGGACUUCCUGAUCAUGUUUGUGCAUCACUUGGCCACCAUUGGGCUCAUCACCUUCUCUUACAUCAACAACAUGGUUCGGGUAGGAACUCUGGUCAUGUGUCUACAUGAUUCCUCAGACUUCUUGCUAGAGGCAGCCAAGCUGGCCAAUUACGCCAAGUAUCAGCGUCUCUGUGACACCCUUUUUGUGAUCUUCAGUGCUGUUUUUAUGGUCACUCGUCUAGUAAUCUAUCCAUUCUGGAUUCUGAACACGACCCUCUUUGAGAGUUGGGAGAUGAUCGGGCCCUAUCCUUCCUGGUGGCUCUUCAAUGGCCUUCUCCUGAUCCUACAGGUUCUGCAUGUCAUCUGGUCCUACCUAAUAGCACGAAUUGCUUUCAAAGCCUUGAUCCGAGGAAAGGUGUCUAAGGAUGAUCGCAGUGACGUGGAGAGCAGCUCAGAGGAAGAAGAUGUGACCACCUACACGAAAAGGCCUUGUGACAGCAGCUCCAGCAAUGGUGCCAAUUGGGUGAAUGGUCACGUGGGAGGCAGUUACUGGGCUGAAGAGUAAGAUGGUCGGUAUGGGGACUUCAGCACACAUGGACUUGUAGGGCCACUGACAGCCUACUCCUCUUGGGCCGCCCCACAUCUAAACUCCUGUGACUAGGAGUCUGCAGGGCACUGAGAAGAAUCACAGAAGCAAAUAUUUUCAUUUUUUUUGUUUUUAAAAAACUUUGCCAUUUUGUAUUUAAUAGCCUCCAGGUUUUUUCAGUAAUAUUAUUUGCUCUGUGUGUAUGUUUGUGUGUGCGUGUGCAUGUGCAUUUGUGCAUAUGCGUGAGUUUCAUUGCCUGGGUUGGGGCACAAUUCUGGACUGCGGCCAUUAGGCCUUGCCUUGUCCCCUUUGAACUCACCUCAAUCCCAGAUUUGGCUGCAUCUUGAAUUAUGCUGGCUCUGGACUGUCCCCUCCCUUGUUGCCCAUGGCUUUUGAGGCUCUGGCCAUCUGAAUGGAGCAGCCGAAUUCAACUACAGGUUUCUGCACUAUUCCUCCUUUGGAGCUGGAAUAUUUCUUAUGAAGUUGUGUAGAAACAGACAACCAUGGAUGGAUGGCCAAGAUUGUUAUAACCCCUAGCUAGAUCCCCUUCCUACCACCUGGCAGUGACAGGGACAGCUGCUGAUACCCUGCUCUUUACUCAAUGGUACGCAGGGAGUGGGGGGUGGGAGAGGGUGAGCUGAGGGCUGGAGGAGGACAACAGCCACUGGGUGAGCUGUUAACAGUUUAUACUUUUGUUUACUCUUCUGUGAUUAAAAGUGCUUCAACCCUCCUC